AUGGGUCGUGAUUCCUCAGCGCGCUCACAAUUGUCAAAGUCAGCGAUGUCUCCAUCCAGCGCGAUGUCGGUCGCCACUGACAAGAACGCCACAUGCGCGCCCUAUGGCAUUGCACUACCGAGUGAGUUGGUCAAAACCGUCACGGUCAAAUUCCCAGUGGACAAGGAACAAAGGGUAAGUUAAAACUUUGAAUUUUGUUUUAAUUUUGGGUUGAUAUAGAGCUAAAGUAAUGAUAAUUUUAGACUGAUAACGAGUUAAAGUGAUAUAUAGUACGGGAAAAGUUAAGGUAUUAGGUACCAACAUAAAGAAUUCGCCAUUUUACAGGAAAUUACAGGAAAAGUAUGGCGGAUUCUUUAUGUCGACACUUCAUACUUUUAAAUUAUUAAAUUGAACCAAAAGAAGUGGUACACUUUUUGGUUGAAAAAUAAAUGAAAAGCGUCCCGCUACUUCUGGUCCAACUUAAAGGACCAGUUCGCCCAUUCAAAUAUCAUUGGCGUUCUGUCGCAAAAAUUCGACGUUCAUUUUUUUGCAAAAAACCUGAGAAGGUCGGUCCCAAAUUGGAAAAUUCAUUUCGACACCGACCCACUCAUGUUUUUUGAGAAAAAUGAUUUUGAUUGAAAUUGCCUGAUUUUCGGCGCUUUUUGCGACCGAAUGCCAAUGAUAUUUGAAUGGGCGAACUGGUCCUUUAAUAACAAGGAAAGUACUCGACCUUCCCCGCUCCAAUUGACUUAAAAAUUUUUAUAUAGAGACAUCAUGUAAAUAUAAGACCUUCAGCAAAGUACUAAAUCGCGCUUUCCAGCCAAUCUUGAGAAAAUCGAAAUCAAAAAAUUAUUUUUUGAAUUUCCCGCCAAAUUGGCAUUGUGUUUCAUAUUUAUAACUGCCAUUUUUGGACUUUUAGUUUUUUUUUUUCAUAUACUAAUAUAAAAACUUUAAAUGAACAUACAUUUUUAAAUUUGUAAGCCUCGCUUUCGUGGAAAGGCAAAAAAAGAGCAUGAAACACAAUGCCAAAUUUGGCGGGAAACCCAACUAUUUGAAAUUUAAAACUCAAAAUCGAAAGCUAAAAUUUUUUAUAGGUACUAUUGCUAAUAUAUAAAAAUUUUGAGCUGAUUUUGAGCUGGGCAGGUUGAGUACUUUUCUUGUUAAUACAGACCUUGGUUAUGAUAAAGAAAAGCUAAUAAGGAAAGUGCCCAACCUGCAACUCUCAGAAUCAGCUCAAAAUUUUUAUAAGAAUUCCUUGUAUCACCAAUAGUAUCCAUAAAAAAUUUUAGCUCGCGCUUUUGAGUUUCAAUUAUAAAUUAUUUUGGUUUCUCGCCAAUUUGGCAAUUUUGGCAUUCUGUUUCAAGCACUUUUUUCGACUUUCCAGACAAGAUACGCUUACAAAUUUAAAAAUGUAGGUUUAUGUAAAGGUAUUCUACUAGUAUAUCAAAGAACAAUUCGAAAAAGUAAAAAAAUGCCAAAGUUAUAAGCCUGAAACACAAUGCCAAUUUGGCGGGAAAUUCAAAACGUAAUUUUUUGAUUUCGAUUUUCUCAAGAUUGGCUGGAAAGCGCGAUUUAGUACUUUGCUGAAGGUCUUAUAUUUACAUGAUGUCUCUAUAUAAAAAGUUUGAAGUCAAUCAGAGCGGGGCAUGUUGGGUACCUUCCUUGUUAAAAUAGGCUAAAUUAAGAUUUAAGCAUUGAAAGGGUGGAUAAAACUAAAGACAAAUAAAUUUUAAACUUUGAUUUAGUGUGGCAUUGAAGUUAGCCCCUCGAAGAUGAUUGUGCUCAAAGUGGAGAAGAAGGGCGCUGGCGUCAAGAAGAUCGAGUUUGGCGACGUUAUUCAGGCAAUGAAUGGCGAAAGCAUGUGGAACGGCUCCAAGCCCAACGUCAAGAAGUUCGCGAGCGCGUUCAAGAAGUUGUCAGCCAAAGGAGCUACCGUAAGCUUUUUUAAAGUCAAAGGAUAUACUGUAACUUUUUUUUGAAAAGUCAAUGGAUAUACUGUAACUUUUUUUGAAAAGUCAAAGGAUUUACUGUAACUUUUUUGUUGAAAAGUCGAAGGAUAUACUGUAACUUUUUUUUGAAAAGUCAAUGGAUAUACUGUAACUUUUUUUGAAAAGUCAAAGGAUUUACUGUAACUUUUUUUUUGAAAAGUCAAAGACUACCGUAAUUUUUUCUCUAAAAUCUUUAAAAAUUUCAAAAAAAACGAACAAAUAUGAUUUUAGUGCGAAAUCACGGUGCUCCGACCGGUCAAAGCCCUUCCCGCGGACACCAAGCGUCUUCCCGAGGACCAGCGAGAGGAGGGCUGCUCGUACAAGCUGGCCGUCGUGUACCGAAUCGGGAAACGACCAUUGGAACUUGGGAUUGUACUUGCGUUCAACAAGAUCUAUGUGAUGCCAACGGCAGAGUUCACGUGCGCCGGUCGUUGCUUGGAACCAGGCGACGCCAUUCUGGAUGCGGACGGUGAACCCUUGACCACAUUGGAGGACGUUGCAGACAAGAUUGUGGGACCUUUACAGGAAAAGGGAUACGUGACUCUGCUCGUCGAACAGGCGGAAGGUCCCGCGCAGAAGUCUGCAGUGCGUUUGCUUCUGAAAAGUUUCAAAAACAGAAAAUGA